UCGGUUAUUACUAGAGAGCUCCAGCGAUUGAGUUCUGAGGCCGAGAAUUUCAAAAUAAUGGGAGAAUCUGCAAAAGCAGAAGUUCUGAGAACCAUGUCCGAGAUUGAACAGACAAAAACCAUGAUAAGAACUGCUGAAAUCAGAUUGGUUGCAGCCAGAAAAAUGAAAGAAGCUGCUAGAGCUGCAGAAGCUUUUGCCCUUGUAGAAAUUAAUGCAUUAUCUAAUCAUGAAAAUGAGAGUUUACCUGGAAAUCAGAUUACUCUUUCAUUUGAAGAGUAUACCGCUCUGACAUGCAAAGCCCAUGAUGCAGAGGAACAAUCUAGGAAGAGAGUUGCAAAUGCAAUGCUUGAAGUUGAUGAAACAAAUUUGUCAAACAUGGACAUUUUGAAAAGGGUAGAAGAAGCUACAGAGGAAGUUAAAACCAGCAAGAAGGCCCUUGAAGAAGCUCUGGAAAGGGUAGAAGCUGCAAAUAGAGACAAGGUAGAGGUUGAAGAGGCUUUAAGGAAUUGGCGCUCGGAGGGUCACAAAAGACGCUCUAUACAAAACCCCACCAAGUUCAAAACCUCUUGUUCCUCUCAUCAUUGGAGAGAUCCUCGGUUACUAGAUGUUAAUGGAUUAAAUCUGGUAAAUGAUGAAGCAAAGCCCGUUCUAAAGUCAACCCUAUCAAUAGGACAAAUACUUAGCAGAAAGCUGCUUCAACCACAAGAGUGUGAAGCUGGAGAAAGAAUCUCAAUGAAACAGAAUGUGUCUCUGGGUCAGAUGCUUGGUAAACAAAACAUUGAUCCACCAAUUGACAGACAAAUUGAGAAAGGAACUAGCCGUAAGCUGUUUUCUACCAAGAGAAAUAAAUUUGGAUUUGCACGUUUCUCUCAUAUUUUGUCAAAACAGCAGAAGAAUAAGAAGAAGCCAACCCUGAAUUUGAGGUGAUGCAUUGUUUGAACUAUUUGCUCAAUCUAGCAGUGCCAAAAGCUAGACUAUAGUUGCAUCUUUUUUAUCAGUGCUUGUCUGAUUCUGUUGUUAUUAUGGUUGCUUGUAUUUUAUCAGUGUUUUUUUAAGGUUGCUAUCCUGCUUGUAUAAUGUAUAUUGACUUAUUAUGCUAGUUGUAGAGAUGAUUCGUAUAUGAAUUCAUAACCUCU